AUGGGUGAUAUCGCACAAGAACAUUGGGCAUCGAAAUGGGUUGAAAGUCGAAUUGGUCAAAUCCCAGAAGGUUCUUGGAUGGUUGGAGGUAACGCAAUUGGUCGAGGAUGGUAUGAAGAAGGAAGGCAUGUUGGAUAUGUUGUUCCUGGUCGUGGUUUAGUCAUCGGUUAUAAUGGUAAUGAAGUCAUGUUGAAUCAAUAUGAAGUUCUUUCUGGUGAUCAAUCUCAGUAUCGUUGGAUUGGAGGUCGAGGUCCAUGUCGUCCAAAACAUUUUGUUCCUCUCUUUGGAGGUCACGAAGCGGAUCGUAGAGAAUUGUACAUUGCUAAAACUUGGUACAAUGAUCAAGAAGUUGUCGGCAAAGUUGGUCCACAUCUAGAAAAAGGGAUGUCCUUCGGCAUGAAUGGCCAUGAAAUAGGUGCUUACGAGUAUCAAGUUUUGGCAUUGUUAGGUUAA